AUGGUUGGUUUGCUCGUUGGCGUGGAGGCAGGUGUCCCCCGUCGCAGGCUGGGCGGCAGUGACCGAGGGCCCCACAGCGGCCGGGCCGCGCCCCGCGUCUCCCUGUGCCCUGGUGGCCGCGCCUGGCUGACCGGGUGCUGGUCCAGCGUGUCCUGCGCCGGUCCUGCGUCCGGAGCGGUGCUGCCCGAGUGGGCCAGGCAACCCCCAGGGCUCUCGCUGCUGUUUCGCAAACCCAGCGAGCAGAGACAUGCAAGUUUCUGCGACGGCGACAGUGACGUCCCCGGCGAAGCGCCUUUCCCCGGCCCGCUGAGAGAAGACACUGUGCUGAGCGUCCCCGGGCCGCUGCCGAAGCCGCUGUGGGAGGCCACGGAGGUGGGUGCCUGCGGGAGAGCCGGGCCGGGGAGUGACCGCGGCGUGCUGACCCCAGGCCGCGCUCCCCUGAGGACCGAGUCCGGAGCCCACAGGGGACGCGGCCGCUGGCCCGAGAGGAGGCCCUGGAGGUGCGGGCUGUUGGCCAGCCGAGGGCUGAGCGCCGCAGCCGGCCCUGUGGCCUCAAGCCUGCUGGGAGACCAGCCACAGCAGGAGCCCGGGCCUGGCCGCUGCACGGCCAUGCUCCGCGCGGGGCGUCCUGCGGGCCCAGGGCUGCGUGCCAGCACCACCCAGGCAGCACUCGGCCCACGCCCGGCCGGCCCAGCCCCGUGGGCAGCUCGAGUCUGGCGAGAGGGGGCACCCCUCCUCCCCUCCCGGACGUUUACAAAACGCACACCCUGGAGGCCAUCCGCGUGUGCGCGCGUCUCUGGACCUCACGGGCUCCUCCGCCCCUGGCCCGCGGCCGCCGCCCAGGAGAAGCUGGGGGUUGCACUGAGGGCGGAGCCUGACGGGCCGCACCUGGCACUCCUCGCGGCGCUUUGCCACUUGCACGGGGCGGCGUGUUCUAACCCGUCAGGAAAAUGCCCCGAAGUGGCCUGGGGCCGCCCGGGCGGGGGGGGGCGGGCCUGCGGAGGGUGCAGGCGCCGACGCUCGCCUCUCUGCAGCCCGCUCCCACACAACGGCCAGAACACCGGCCUCCCGUCCCUGCUGGGCGCCCUGAGCGCCGGGGGCUCGUUGCCGGACCUGACCCACCUGCACUGCGCAGCGCCGCUGCCCGCCUCCCUGGACACCAGCGACCAUCUCUUCGGUAGCAUGAGCAUGGGCAGCAGCGUGGGCAACCUCCCGGCCGCCAUGACUCACCUGGGCAUCCGGAGCUUUCCGGGCCUGCAGACCUCCCGCAGCAACCCGUCCAUCCAGGCCGCGCUGGGCAGGACGGCCCUCUGCUCCCCCAGCAGCCACCCGCACGCGGCCAGCCUCGGCGCCAGCCCGCUGCAGCCCUCGCUGCGGCUCUUCUCCCUCAGCAACCCCUCCCUCUCCACCGCGAGCCUGAGCGGGCCCCCGCGGCGGCGCCAGCCCCCCGUCAGCCCACUCACGCUCUCGCCGGGCCCCGAGCCGCACCCGGGCUUCAGCAGGCAGCUGUCCACCGCCAGCCCGCUGAACCACUGCCCUGCCCAGCAGGUGAGCACGGGCAGGGCACGCGGGGGUGGGGGGCCCGUGCUCAUGUCGCCCUGCCGGGGCACGGCCGCUGGCCCGAGCCCCACGCUGACCGCCCCGUCCCUCCCGAAGGGCUCGCCCGUGACCAGCUUCUUCCCUGACGUGAACUUUGACCAGCAGCCCCUGCAGCCGGGCCCGGCCUUCGCCCCUCAGGUGCCCCUGGCCCAGCAAGGCCCCCAGGAAGCCCAGGACCCAUUCCGCCUGCGUCCAAGCCUGUACUCCAGCUGCGGAAACUUCCAGAACAGCAUUCUGGCAGAGGACCCGCACGCCGGCCUGUUCAGAGAGCUGGGCAGCGUGCCGGCGGCCGUGCCCGAGGCCGGCCUGAGCGUGGGCGCCCCGUGUCCCCUGGAGGACGAGCUCCACAUGGAGCCCCUGGGCCUGGACAGCCUCAGCAUGCUGAGUGACCCCGGCAUGGGCCUGCUGGACCCCUCGGUGGAGGAGACGUUUCGAGCCGACCGGCUGUGAAAGGGGCGGGCAGGACGCCGUUCCGAACAGACGCAGGGCGGCCGGGCCGCCCCCGGGCCUUGGCCGUCUGGGC